AACAGAAAAAGGAAAAAAAAGUACAAUCACAUUUAAGCCUAAGCCUCCCAUUUACUCCUUAGGCUCCUUCUUCAUUUUCUUUGACUCCCUGCAAUGGCUAAGUUUGUUGCUCUUCUGCUUUUGGCCCUCAUGGCCUUCUCCAUGGUUGCCACCACUGUUAUGGCCAAUGCCAACACUGCAGGCCGGGUAAGCCGAAUUCGCCGCAUUUAUAUACAUAACCAACUAUUAAAAUGGAACGGAAAGAUUAGUUAAAUUCGCUUUGAUUUCCAUGCUUAAUGUUUCUAAUGGAGUUUCUAACCAGUACUUUUCCUUUAUACGGAAUUUCGUGUUGCAGUCAAAAUAUGGUGAAGGAAGCCUCAAGCCAUGGCAAUGCAAGCCAGAGUGCAAUAGGAGAUGUGGGAGGACACAAUACAGGAAGCCUUGCCUAUUCUUCUGCAACAAAUGCUGCAACACUUGCCUCUGUGUCCCCCCUGGUUACUACGGAAACAAGCAAGUUUGCAAGUGCUACAACAACUGGAAAACACAGGAAGGACGCCCCAAAUGUCCUUAAAUUCAACUCAAUUAGUUUUUCGAUUAUCAAUUUCUAAUGUCGUUUUUAACUAUCCAAAAUCACCCUAGGUUCGCUAAUUCGUUUAGCGAAGCUAGUGGUGUCAAAGCUUACUAUUAUUGUCUCUCUCUCUCUAAUUGUUGUCUUCAUAGAAAGUCAUAUUUUCUAUGACUUCUAUUACGUUUAUUACAAUAUAUUUGUUUUUUUUUUUUCUUCUUCAGGGCAAGGAAAAAGUUUUUACCUUUGCCCAUAUAUGCAUUAAUGAAGAUGUCAUAUUUGUCAUUGUAAUGUGACCAAAUCUUUUUGGUCCUUUUGUAUUCCAAGAUUUGUUGCUUUCAAAUCUGAAUAUCUAAUGGUACUCUCAGUUUUUCAAGGUUAUCCCCACGUGCCACAAAGAUUCACACAGUUCUUAUUUAGUACUAAUGUCGUUUUAGAAAAAUAGUUUACAUUGAAUUUUGAAAUUUGUAUUAAAAAUAGUACAAAACUUAAUGUGAAUUAUUUUUGUGGGAUGGAAGG